CCUAUCAAUAAUGCUAGCUCUCCUAACAUAUCGAACUCAGUGGUUAACGCGGGUGGGAAAAACAAAAUUAAUUGCUACUGCUAACACAUGUUCUACCGACAGCGAUAAUGCAGUGAGUCCAAUUGAAAACGCCGCUCUUCCGGGUGCUGCUACUAUGAAUACAAAUGUAACCAGCAAUCAUGUUGAAAGCGCAUCUGAUGACCGCUAUCUCUCGUAUGCUGCUGCUGCCGCCUUUGCUGCUGCUUCUGUACCUCUCAAUACUGAUAACAUAAUAAGUAAUAACAUCAAAGGCGCUCACGCGAAAGCUAAACCGCGGAAUAUUAUUAUUGGAUGUAACCCGACUGCGGAAUUAGCGGUUGCUUCUCCCAUGAAGUGGUUACACUUAUCAUCAUUUAAGUCUUCGGUAACUGCGGAGCACAUUAUUAACUAUGUAUCUAAUCAUUCGUCGAUCCCAUCAGCAUCCAUCUCUUGCUACGUGCUUGUCAAGAAAGAUGUGUGUACUGACUCUUUGAAAAGAGUAAAUUUUAAACUUGGAAUUUCUUCCAUGUACUAUAGUAAGCUACUUAACUCCAAUAUGUGACCAACUAAUGUGACAGUGCGGCCGUUUAAAUUUAUUCAAAAGCAAGGGGGAGCACC